AAUUGAUCUCUUUUGGCAGAUCUAUAGCAACCUACUGCUUCAUUUCUUAUUCAGUUUGCAGAGAAGUCAUGUCUGGUGUAAAGGGUGGUUGUGGUGGAGGAGGCAGUGGAUGUGGCAAAUCAUCAGACCAAUACAAAAAUACUAAUCCAUGUGCACCUGUUCAGCAAUACCAGGGUAACAACAUUGUCCAGGGAUGCACAGGCACUCUUAAUCCUUGCCAGCAAGGUCAGGUUGGCCAGAUAAGUGGAAGCGGAGGAGCUAAUAUCAGCCAAAUUAGUGGAGGAUGCAUCGGUGGAAGUGCAGGAGCUAAUACCAGCCAGAUUAGUGGAGGUUGCACUGGUGGAAGUGGAGCAGGUGACACCAGCCAGAUCAGUGGCAGUUGCAUCGGUGGAAGUGGAGGAUAUGGCACCAGCCAGAUUAGUGGAAGUGGAGGAUAUGGCACCAGCCAGAUUAGUGGAAGUGGAGGAUAUGGCACCAGCCAGAUUAGUGGAGGUUGCAGCGGUGGAAGUGGAGGAGGUUGCAGCAGCCAGAUAAGUGGGAGUGGUGGAAGCUAUGGAUCAGGCUGUGGAGGAGUAACUGGUGGCCAGAAUGGUGGGGGAGGAGCCAAAAAGUGAAGAUCGAAUUCGAAUUGUAUAACAUACUUGAAAAUCUUUGCUAAACCAACAUGGUGAAAAGAUUGAAAAAAAAAAUCUUCAAAGUUUUCAUUUUCCUGUUCAACAUGCUGUAACCCUAUCUUUGAAUCUCAAUAAACAAGCAGAUUAAAGCAA